AUGGAUUUGACUUCUUCAAGCAGCAGCGAACCAGAUGUAAAGACUACGCCUGCUCGCCGUAGAGAUCUACUUUCAAAGUUCUUUACGGUCGGAAAGGAGGAACAAAAAUGCUUGCUGGCCAAGAUGUGGACAGAGAAAUCGGCUUUUCUGCAGAUGGAAAGCAUUGACACGCAUUUCGACCGGCUCGAACUCAUCGUCCAAGGAAACGUGCGAACCACCGAUUUUGCCGCAUGUAAGAGAUGUGGUACUAUCAUGAAUUUUGCAAAACGUGGAGGACACCACAGGAGACAUACGAUCACUUGUGGAAUGGUGAUGAAUAACCCGUUGCCGCAGAAGCAUGACACUGCACGGGGCGCCGCGAAAUAUACCAAAGAUGGGCUGCGCACGCGAAUUGGAGAAUACUUAUUGAAAACAGCUCAAUCAUUUUCACACGCGGAAGAGCCGGAGUUUCGUCAACUUCUCCAGUACGCGGCAGAAUUCGGGAAAAGAACGGGAGAUACUAUACCAGAUGCACAUUUUCCGAAUCGGCGUCAUAUAAGUUCGCAUGCGGAAGAGAACUACCAAAAGCAACUCGAGCAAGCUUGCCCGCAGUUGCUCCGUGCGGCACAGGAGAAAAGAUUGGCUAUCCUCGCUGAUCACGGUCAUUUUUUCGAUGAUUAUCUCUCCGUUUUUGCGACGUAUUGCAACGAAGAUAUGCAGACGAAACUCGUUCCGUUAGCCUUAAAAGCGGUUUCAAAACCCGAGAACGCUAGAGAGUUGUUCGAUUCCCUCGUCGAUUGUGUGACGGCAAUUGGGCUCCAAGCUUCGGAUUUGGAGAAUGCCCCUCUCACUGCAGAUGGCGCCGCUGUCAUGCAAGUAGUCGGCAACACUUAUUUGGAGGAAAUUCGGUUUACCAUAUUCUACGGGAAA